AUGCCACCUAGAACAUCGAGAUCACCGUAUGGAACAUCACCAAAGCAAAAAUGGUCAAAACAAUUGCCGACAUCUUCAUCAUCCGGAUUCCCCCUCUCCACAUCAAGCAUGUUAUCGCAGAAUGUACCUCGACCCAUACGAAGACCUAAGAAGAUAUUAUACCUCAUGGUCAUAUUCUUCUUGUUAUAUUGGUUCGGCAUACGGCAUGGAUUAGGCAUAGAGAGGAUACCACCGCCCCCAUUAGGAUUUGCUGUUCCUGGAGGGAGGAGAGGAAGGAGAUCAUCAUUGUUUUGGGGUAAUAGAGGUACAGCAACCAUAUUACCUCCUCCACAAGGUAUAAAAACUGAACAUCCAAUAUAUGAAUUAAUGGAAAAAGCAGAAACGAAAUGGAACACUUUAUUGAAUUCACAAUCCAAAACAUUGAAUCAAGCCGUCAAUGAAUAUAAGAAAAGAUAUAAAAUGUCACCUCCUGUAGGAUUCGAUAUUUGGUUUGAUUUUUGUCAAAGACAUAAUAUCAAAAUCGUUGAUGAUUACGAUCAAUUAAUGAGAGAUUUAUUACCUCAUCAUGCGUUGAAUCCUUCAACUUUCAUAGCAAGAAGUAAAGCGUUGGAAGGUACAGGUUUCACAUAUACUUUGGAUAUAAGUAAACAAGCUGUAACUCUCUCAGGUGAAAGAUCAAUUGCAGCUAGACCAAAACAUCUACAACGUUUAAUAGGUGGCUUCAUGAAUGAUUUACCCGAAGGUUUCUACUUGAGGAUAACAGGAAGUGAUCACGAUACUGGAAGUGUGGUGUUGGGUAAAGACCAAAGAGAAAGAGCUAUGCAAUUGGUGAGGGAGGAUAAGCACUUCGACGAGGCAGAGCUCAAAGCACUGGAAGAUCCAAAUAGAACUCCAGCCUGGGGCUGGUUUAAAGCGUGCCCUCUCGACUCUCCUGCCAACAUUCGACCUGGAGCCGAGAAUGCUACAGAGGAUGUACUUCCCAAAUCCUUCAUUUUCGAUCAUUUACCUACAAUGGAUUUUUGUGAAUAUCCCGAAUUAAAACGAUUACAUGGAGCCAUGGCAUUAGAUUAUUCCUAUCGAUCACCAUCAAUACUGAAACCUAUAUUAGUGUUAUCCAAAUUUCCCGGAGAUGCAAGUUUUCAAACCACACCAAUGGAAGCUUAUGUCAACAUCACAACGGAGGAUGUACCUUUCUUAGGGACAUGGGAAGAGAAAACUGAUAAUAGGUUAUUCUGGAGAGGUUCAACAACAGGUGGCUAUGGGGGACAAAGAGAUUGGAAAGAAUCACAUAGGAUGAGAUUACAUUUGAUGGUAAACGGUCCGAAAGGUGGCGAUACUUGGUGGAAUCAACAAUUAAGGGAAAUAAUAGUUCCAGAUGGUGAAGGUGGUUAUAAAACUGUUAGAAGAUGGGAAAGAGUUUUAAGUAAAGCUUAUGCCGAUGUUAAAUUAUCGGGUCAACCUGUUCAAUGCCCUAACGCUGAAGUCUGCCAACAAGUCUCCAACACCAUUGAAUUCGGUGAUAAAGUAUGGCCAGACCAAGCUGCCGCAUUCAAAUAUAAUCUAGACGUAGAUGGUAACGGUUGGUCAUCACGUUUUCAUCGAUUACUGAGUUCUGGAAGUCCUGUAAUCAAAUUUACAAUGUUCCCAGAAUGGCAUAUGGAGUGGUUGACUCCAUGGUAUCAUUACAUCCCCCUUAAACCGGAUUAUUCGGAUUUAUACGAUAUAAUGGCUUUCUUUGUUGGUCCAGUCGAUGAAGCUGGUAACAUAGAUACGACGAAGGGACAUGAUUAUCUUGCCCAAAAAAUAGGAGAAGCAGGGCAGAAAUUCGCGUUGGAACAUUGGUCAUGGGUCGAUAUGCAAGCUUAUACCUUCAGGUUGUUAUUAGAAUUACAAAGAUUACAUUCGUUAGAUAGAGAAAUGAUGACUUACAAAGAACCCGAGGCUAUGUAA